AUAAGCAAAGAAGUUAAGGAAGCAAUUGUAGAAGCACACGCGAUUAAAAUUGGAAAGCAAAAAGUUAAUGAUGAAUUAGAAAUUUGUAUAGACGGGAAUCGAGGAACGGGUUUAAGCACUUCGGAAAAAUUUUUGUAUUUUGAAUUUAAUUAUAAGGAAGGAAAAAUAAAACAUCGCUGCGAAAGAUACCGCCUAACUGAACAUCCUAGAUUUGAAAAUUUUUUUCUAGUUGGUGAUAUUGGCAAAAAAAACGCAGAAUCCUUGUUAGAGAUUUGUGCUACUUGCUCGAUUAGUGGCCGAUAUGGAAGACCAAGACCAAGAGA